AUGGCGUUGGCAUUGAUUGGUCUUGGAUUAGUGAUUUUAAAUUUUAAAACCAGUUUUGGGCCCAUAAAAUUGGUACAAGUUGUCACACCCGUCGAGCCAUUGAUUCAAAAAGUUGUACAUCGUAUCUACUGUCCAGUGUAUUUGUCACUAAAAUGGUACAAACAAUUUUAUAGCGCCAAUAGUAUACAAUUUAGUAACAGAAAGGAAAUAAUGGAUUGGUAA